AGCUCGUUUCUCUUCAGCGAAAAUCAAACAUCGCCGAGAUCCUCCUUAAUCUCUCCAAUCAGGUCGCACCUCACUCUCUCUCAUUUUUCUCCACCUCUGUUUGGUUCUCCAGAAAAAAUCUGGAAAACAAAAGAAUAAAGAACAAAAAACUUCCGAUCUUAUUUUUCGUGUUGGUUUUUUUUUUUUUCUUCAUAAUCCAAGUUUGGAACUUUUAUUUUGUCUUUGUCAUUAUUUUUUUCUCGGUAACUACACACUGGUUCUCGGUAACUACACGGUGGCAACUGAAGGCCGUUUUGUGGGAUCAGACGAAAGAUGUUUGGUGUUGUAAGGCGAAGCGUCGCUUCUCGAGGCUCGUCUGCUUCGGGAAGUUGCUGCCUGCCUUCAUCCAGAGGCUACCAUGCAAAUGCAGAGCAGGCAUUUUUCUUCAGACAAUGGUGAUUUGGUUGAUGCUGUUGUCCCUUUUAUGGGUGAAUAUAUUAGCGACGGCAUUCUGGCAAAAUUCUUGAAGAGCAUGUUUUUCCCAGUACCUAUCCCAAUUGUUUCGUUAAUCAGGUUAUUCAUUCUUUAUAAUGUUGAAUGAGUGAUUAUGCACUUCUGAUGUCAUGGGAGCAGAUGCUGGUGACAGAGUGCAAGUUGAUGAGCCUAUUGCUCAAAUUGAGAUAGAUAAGGUAACAAUUGAUGUUGCUAGUCUCAAGGCGGGUGUGAUCCAGAAGGUAAAAUAUCUAUAGAUUUGGAUUUCUGCUAUACACCCUUUACUUUUAAGUUCAUUACCAUUUUAUUUAUUUAUUUAUGUAUUUUUUUUUACCUUUAUAAAAGAUUAGGAUGCUGAUUUUUAACUUUGGCAUUGGUAUUUAAUUGCUGGUAGUUUGUUGCAAAGGAAGGAGAUGUUGUAGACCCAGGUACUAAGAUUGCUGUCAUUUCAAAAUCUGGUGAGAGUGUAACCCAUGUUGCUUCAUCCAAGAAGAAAUUGGACGAAGCUGCUCCCAAGCCACCUCCUGCUGCUGAAAUUAAAAAUGAGAAUAAAAAAUCCAAACCUGAAACAGCUCCUGUUAUGGGGAAGCCGAAAGUACCCCCAUCACCACCUCCUAAACAGUCUGCCUCAGAACCCGUGCUUCCUCCUAAGGAAAGGGAAAGACGCAUAAGUCUUGUCAUUUUUGCUCAUACACAAACUGAAAUUCCUUAAUGUUAUGUCUUUCAUGGCUAAACAAAUGUUUUAGUAAAGAAGUCUUCGUCAUCUAGAUUCAAUAUUUUUAGAACCUAUUUUGAUUACAGGUUCCCAUGACAAGGCUUCGGAAACGGGUUGCAAUGCAUUUGAAAGAUUCUCAAAACACUUUUGCUAUGUUGAAAACAUUCAAUGAAUUUGAUAUGUAUGUUAUUUAUUCAACCAAUUUAUAAUAUUAGGAGUCCAUGUCAAUUUGCUCAGAUAAAGUUGAACUCCACUUGGAAUUGUUUUUGGUUAAACUCCACUCUGAAUUGUACUUACCAAAGCUGGUCCCUGCCUCUUAGUUUUUAGUCCAAAACCUAACUGAAGCAUGAAGAAGUCUGGACUGAACCAUAGAAGUAAUCAGUCAAAGUUAAGGCCAAGUGAAUUUAGUUUGCAUCUUGUUUCACUGGGACUUGGCCCAACUUAUUGAAAAAUUUCAUUUUUUCUUUAUUUGCAUGCAAUGUUAAUGACCUACACUGUUAAGUGAAAUGUGGAUGCUUUAUAAAUGCAUAUCAGUGUAAGGUUGAUCUUAUUUUGUAACUUAUCUGACUGUAUAAAAUAUGUUAGGGUUUGUUUUGAGCUUCAACCUGUUUACCCAAGUCAUCAACCGAAAUUGGAUAGACCUAGUUCACAUGUUAACAAUCUAGGACCAGAGUGCUUGAAGAGCCAAAUAAAACUGAGCUGAGAAUGGUCUCUGGUUUGCUUACAGGUUGUGCUAAACAAAUUUGCGUCAUCAAUAUAUAUUGAAAUUGCCUGACGCAUUUUAGCAUGCUAUCAGGCACUUCUGGUGAUUUUUGUCUGUUUUUUGCUGUGCUUGCUGCUUAUUGCAGGACCAAUUUGAUGAAGCUUCGUUCUGAUUAUAAAGAUGCAUUUUUUGAAAAGCAUGGUGUGAAGUUAAGAUUUAUGUCAGGGUUUGUUAAGGCUGCUGUAAGUGGGCUUCAGAAUCAGCCUAUCAUCAAUGCGGUCAUUGAUGGGGAUGAUAUCAUAUAUAGAGAUUAUAUAAAUAUCAGCAUAGCUGUUGGAACUCCAAAGGGCCUCGUAGUUCCAGUUAUUUGUGAUGCUGGUAGGAUGAAUUUUGCUGAGAUAGAGAAGGAGAUCAAUACACUGGCCAAGAAAGCAAAUGAUGGAACCAUAUCAAUUGAUGAGAUGGCUGGAGGUUCAUUCACAAUAUCCAAUGGUGGUGUGUAUGGAAGCCUUUUGAGUACUCCCAUCAUCAAUCCCCCUCAGUCGGCAAUCCUGGGUAUGUACUCUAUAGUGAAACGUCCCAUGGUCGUUGGAGGCAACAUAAUUGCAACGUCAAUGAUGUACAUUGCUUUGACAUACGAUCAUUGGCUAAUUGAUGGAAGAGAGGCAGUGUUGUUCUUGCGCCACAUCAAAGAAGUCAUGGAGGACCCUUGCUGUCUGCUUCUUGACAUAUGAAGACAGACACCAGUAGCAGCAGUUUGGUUAUCACACUCAGGAUCCCAAUAUAGACUCCACUCAUCCAAUCAAAAUAAAAGGAAGGAGAAGUUUUGCAGGUUUUCAUUUCUCAGACUCACCUCUUUACCAAGUUUUCCUAUUGCGGGAUGCCUUAGUUGAAAUGGGAGAACCUUGUUAGCAUCGAUAUUUCUAUUCUUUUUGUGGUUGAUUUCUUUACUUUGAAUGCUAUCUUAUCGUGAUCUUGCCCUGAAAUCACCACAUUUAUAUACUAUCUCCAGUUGUUUUCGGCCUGGUCCAGUUAAAAAUCUUAUGCAGAUAGCUUGAUUUUGUGAAAUUUAAUUCACAAAUAUGAAUCAUAUCUUGGGGACUUGAUUCAUUUGUCUACUUGGUAUAAUAUUUACUCGAAUUAAAUCAUGUGGAUAAAAAUAAGAUUAAUUUUCACUUGAAUUAAACCACCUGAAUGAAAAUAAGAUCAUAGGAAAAUGUUAAGAUAAAAAUCCAAGUCAUUCCUAAAACCAAGUUAUAUCUGUCUCCUUUCUUUCUCAACCAUUUUUUCAUGCUAGCCCUUCUAAAAUUUCUGCUUAUACUGUUCUUAAUUUGCAAAAUCUUUUAAAUUUGAUG